GAGUCUUGCUGCACAUCCCGUCCGUUGCAAGAAAGCCGGGCCCUCUUGGCCACGCGCCAUGUGUGGCCAGCGCCCGCAAACGGGAGCAGUGCUGAGGACCUCGAGCUCCUUCACACGCCAAACGUUCCAUGCGGCGCCUUCCUUGUCCAGGCCGUUGUCCUCCUCCUCAGCCGGCCGAGUAUCCCGGACCUGGUCCCACUCAGAUCUUCGGCGCCUAGAGGUGCUUGAGAAGAACACCAGGAGCAUGUUGGAGCAGGCAACAAACUCCAUGCGCUUGCCCUUCGUGCACGACGAUAGCAUGCGCACCCUGUCAAUCCCCUUGAAGUCACAAGACUUCGCCAGCUGCCGGAAGAAGCGGUCCACGGCGAUGCUGGAUGUGGCCGGCAUUGACACGGAGCUGAAAGAGGACAUGGAGAUGGUGGGGGAGGAGCUCCCCAUCGAGCAGGCCAUUGAGCGCAUCAAGGCCAUGCAGAUCAAGAGUAGCGACCCCAAGGCCAUGCUGGCGCUCUCAGGCAUUCUCGGGGAGCUGCAGGCGGGCGUUUGCCAGCUGCGGUUCCGCAAGGAUGGCUCUGUAGGCCGCUACGUGACCCUGCACGCCUUGCGGAUCCGGCGGCCAGAGGAUGACCACGUCCUCAUGCAGGUGGGCCGGUGGCGGCUAAGGAACGGCUUCGUGCCGAUGUGCGGGUAUCCUGGAAGCAAGCGGCCCUCUGCCAAAGACUUCAACAACUUCAUCGACUUCCUCAUUCGUGAGCUCAAGGGUGUGCUGGGCGGCCAGCCUUUGACCAAAACAGGGAGCACCACGGAUGUCUUCAAGGAGCAAUCGCCGCAGUUCGGCACCAUGACGACCUACCGGCGCAUGCUCCAGCAUGCGACCCUGCAGCCUCGUCAGAGGAAGAGCUUGAAGCUUGACCCAUCGGUGCAGAUAUUGAACCAGCUGGGCCCGCCCUGCCUCAUCCAGGGCAUUACGAUGGCCAGCUGCAGCGUCAUCGUGGUGCUGCGAAGUGCCAGUGAGGCAGAGGUCUAUGCCUGGCUGCCGCCGGCACUGGCGGAUAAGCUGGACGACAGCAACGAGACCAAGCAAGAGGUGAAAAACUGGGCGCUGCGGUUCAGUGAGCAGAUCUGUAGCUGGGCCGCCCGCCAGGGCUGAUGGGUUAGGGGGAAUUGUUGCACGUUGAAGGUAGCUGGCCCGGUUUUCCCAUCGGGCUUAAUCAUCCUACCCUGUGUUCCCCGCU